AUGGAGCCGUACGCGUCCGUGUCAACACCGAGCGACAACGUUGAGUGCAGCCCGGUCGUCUGGUCGGUCGCCGAGACGCGCCGCGCCAAUCAGCUCUUUCUGCUCCUCGGGCUCUGCUACUAUACGCCGUUUUGCAUGCUUGUGCAGCCUGUCGACUAUUGGCGGCUGCUUUUUCCAUCAUUCAACAUCAACUUUCGCAUCUCGUUUGCCUACUACAUUGCCAACGUCGUCGUCAUCUUUGGCCUCCUUGCGAUCGGCGCGCGCCAGUCGUUCCGGUGGCGCAUCAUGGGCGGCUUUUGCUCGCAGCUGGUCGUGCUUUUGCUGCUGCCCGCGUCGUACUAUGUCCUGACUUCGGAGAUACAGCACGAAAUCAUGGUGCUUCUCUGCUCUGUCGUCGUGGCCAUUGGCGCCGCGGUCGCCGGCUCGUCGCUCUUUGGCCUCGCUGCCAUGUACCCGAGCGGCAGCAUUGAACAUGUCCAGCUCGGCAUUGGCCUCUCGAUCUUUCUCACGACCGCGUACCGCUGUAUGAGCAAAGGUGCGUUUCCCAGCGAUGCGACCGUGCCGGCGUCCAUGGCGUAUUUCUACACGGGCGCCGCCACGAUGGCCAUUGGCGUUGCCUCAUAUAUCCUGCUUUUGCGCCUCCCCGGAAGCGCGUCCGUGCAUGCGACGCCGCAGACGCACAAGGUGCUGCAGCCAACGCUCCUGCGCAAGAUCCGCUUCAACGGCCUUCUUGUCGUGCUGCUCAACUUCUCAACGAUGCUCGUGUGGCCGGGGCUCUUGACGGACAUUGCGAGCUUCAAUGUCCCGAGUUUGAACGCGUCCGGGUGGUUCCCGCUGCUCCUCAUGGGCUGGGAUGCGCUCUUUGAUGCUUUGGGUCGGUACUGCGCGCGCUACCAGCUCUGUUUUACGCGCCAGAACGUAUGGAGCCUCGUGCUCGGUCGAUGCCUUUGCAUUCCGGUCUUUGUGUGCUUGGCCCGCAACGCCGUCUUUACACACGAUGCAAUCACGUACUUUGUGGUCGCGGUCUUUAGCUGGACGCACGGCUACGGCGGCGCGCUCACCGUUGUAUUCGUCAACGACUGCGUCGACGACGCCGAGCGCAGUGGCGCCGGCAUGUUUGCAAGCUUCUUUGUCAACUUUGGUCUCGUGGCCGGCGCGUCCUUGAGCUUUGCGUUUGCCAAAGCGUUGGGGUUGUAGACAUUCUAGCUUGUAUCUGUCGUGUGUCAAUACUACACGAGUCGUUUGAG